GGGAGCGCGGCGAAGAAUGAAAUAUUUAUAAUAAUUGAUCGACGUCUCUUUCAGAAUUUUUCUCGACAUCUCCCGAUCGUGAAACGAAUUUAGUAAUAAUUAAUUACAAUUUUAAUAUAUCAAUAAUUGUAUUCUCUUAUCUUACACUCCCCUCUCCGUCCCGCGUGUAUUCACUGUUGCGAUACAUAUCGCGUUCCGUGUGUCCGUGCACGAAUUAUUACGUCAGCGAAAAUUGGUCAAUCAGAGUGGCGAAUGAUAUGGAAUAUAAUAAUGCUGACGCGAUUGCCACGCACAAUCGCGAUUAUCGCCAAUAUCGCCCCGAUCGCCUCAUCAUCGACGGACCGUCAUCAUCAAUUUGUGACAACGCCGCCGCUACGGUAGGGCAGGCGGGCAGCGAAUGAUCUCGCUCGCAGGGUAAGGAUCUCCGUAUACGCUGACAGCUGUGUCCCAGACCAGCCAGUGGUGUGAGAGCACCGCGAUCGUCACUGUCGUCAGGAUCUUCCAGCUGCUUCUUCCUCGGCUCGCCUUCCGUCGCGCGGAGGACGAGCCGCGGCGAUCAUCUUCGCGCGUACCUAGCUCGAUCGACGGACAACGCGGGCGAGCAUCUCCGGAGGGCUUUUAUUUGGCCGCCGCCGCGUGUGAAAGGACACGCGUGUCGUUUCCCAUGUCAUAAUGCGCGGUUCGCGCACCGCCGCACCGUCGUCGUCGUCGUCGCCGUUGAAGUAACUCGACUCCCUCGCCUCCCCGUGUGACAGUAAGUCCAGUCCGGUUGCAUCGUCUCCACGUGCGAUGUGUAAAUGACGUCGCUUGCCAUGACUCAUACGAGCGAUACGCAGCGAUACGGCCCUUCCAUAUGACUUGCGAUUACGAGGGUCUACGGACCGGGGAUAUGAUCGCGACGCCCAAGGAACGACAUUUGGACGACACGUUUAGGAAUCCAUGUGUAGUAAAUAUGUACUGACGUGCACCGCGACGUGUGGAAACCCCUGUACGCUCUCGAUGUUACAGUUAAGGUGACACUUGGUCUUGUCAUGCGGAAUAGAUCAGUCAGUAUCAUCUUUGGGUCCCUCAUCUUAUGGGCUGUGGCUACGUACUUUUUAUUUCUGGAUCAACAGUCAGUUGGCAAGGAUCAGGAUAAGGAAAAAGAUAAGCUAUCAAAUAAAAUCAGCAGAUUAGAGAAACAAGUGAAACAGCAGAUAAUUAUAAACCAGGAACUUCUGGAAGGAAUCAAUGAGAGCAAACGUCUCAAAAAAGAAUACGAUAGAUUAAACGCUGCCCAAUUGCCAGUAGAUGACACGGAGAAAGAUAAAUAUAAGAAACAUGAGGUCAAUAAGAAUAAGAGUAUAUUAUUGCAAAAAAUCGAAAACAAAAAUAAGUGGGAGCAGGCUAAGGACGAACAGGGGCCGACACAAGAUGUUGUUUCAUCGACCGAGGCAAUGCGCAGUACUCCUCCUUUGAGGCAAAAGCUUCCCGAUGGAUCUCCAAUAAUAGCUAUUUUGGUCGUUUCGUGUAAUCGUAUUACAGUAGAGCGGUGUCUAAACCAGUUAAUUAAGUUAAGACCUAGUAAAGAACAGUUCCCAAUAGUUGUAUCGCAAGACUGUGAUCAUCGACAAACUGCUGAUGUCAUAGCAAGAUAUAGAAACCAGUUGUUACAUAUAAAGCAACCUGAUCAGUCCGACAUUGAAAUACCACCUAAGGAAAAGAAAUUCAGAGGAUACUUCAAAAUCGCGCGACACUACAAAUGGGCGUUAAAUCAAGUAUUUCUAAAGCUUGGAUAUAGUACUGCAAUUAUAGUUGAAGAUGACUUGGACGUCGCUCCAGACUUUUACGAGUACUUCCUGGGAACUUACCCUCUGUUAGUAAAUGAUAGCUCUCUAUGGUGUGUGUCAGCGUGGAACGACAACGGUAAAGCCGGCUUGGUGGACGAACAUGCGUCACAUUUACUUUAUAGGACAGAUUUCUUUCCUGGCUUGGGCUGGAUGCUCACGCGCGAUUUAUGGCUGGAGCUCGCACCAAAGUGGCCGAAAUCAUACUGGGACGAUUGGAUAAGGCAACCGGAGCAGCGUAAGAACAGAGCUUGCAUCCGCCCGGAAAUCUCGCGAACUAGAACAUUCGGCAAACUCGGAGUCAGCAACGGCUUAUUCUUUGAGAAACACCUGAAGUACAUCAAGCUGAAUGAACAAUUUGUGCCUUUCACCAAGAUGAAUCUAUCCUAUUUAUUAAAAGAUAAUUACGAUAUAGCUUUCGUCAACCAAGUGUACCAGUCGACAGUGGUUAGCUAUUCGGAAUUGAAAAGCGGGAAUAUUGUUGCCCCUGGCCCAGUACGGAUACCAUACUACACCCGUCAAUCGUUUAAAAAUACUACCAAAUUGCUUGGUUUAAUGGACGAUUUUAGGAGCGGUGUGCCGAGAUCAGGAUACCGCGGUGUGGUGACGUUUUUUUAUAAUGGGAGGCGCGUGCAUUUAGCACCGAGUGCAAACUGGAGCGGUUACGAUAUAACGUGGAGCUAACACAUGAUUAUACUCUACAAAGACUUGUAGAUCGCACGGAGAAUUCCGCGUGCAUUUCUUCUUUGAUAUUCAACAGACUAGGUGAAUAUAACAGUUGCGACGAGAAACCGACGGUGAAAUCUGUAUUUAUGUCCACAGCGUAUGACGGCUAUGCUCCAUAGGAUUAAGUAGAUGCCGGUGUUACAUUCCUCGUGUAAUCGGUUUUAAACGUGAUCUUUCUUGCAGGAAGAUCUUGCAUAUAUAUAUAUAUAUAUUUCGAUAAGUUUAUAUAUACGUGAUUUAUAUGUGUAAAUGAAUAUUACAUGCAUAUAUAUUCAUUUACGAUACAUAUGUCAUGUAUUGUACAUUUGCGUUUCUAAAGAUUACAUGUUUAUCGUUUUUAGAACAUAUUUAAAUGACUGCUGAUGUUGAGCGUAUCUCGUGUACAUAAAAUGCCGUAGUAAUAUCGUUAAAAUAGUCUUGAUUAAUUAUCAUGUAUCUUCCAAAACGAGAAUGUGUUGAUAUAUUUUUGCUCAUGCUGCUUUUAACAAUUUUGUUAUCAAGUCAUGUGACGUAUAUGACAAAUGAAGUGUAUAAUUUUUUCGAAAAACCCCAA